AUGGGCGAGUGGUGGGGGCCCGUGGUGCGGGUGCUGGUGCUGCAGGCGGCCUGGGCGCUGGUCGGCGGGCAGGUGCGGUACUCGGUGCCGGAGGAAGCCAAGGCCGGGACGGUGGUGGGGCGUCUGGCGCAGGACCUGGGCCUGGAGGCGGGCGAGGCGGAGGCGCGGCGGCUGCGGCUGGUGUCGCAGGGCCGGCGGGCGAGCGUGGAGGUGAGCGGGGCGAGCGGGGCGCUGGUGGUGAGCUCGCGGCUGGACCGGGAGGAGCUGUGCGGGAAGAGCGCGCCGUGCGCCCUGCGCCUGGAGGUGCUGGUGGAGCGGCCGCUGCGCGUGUUCCACGUGGAGCUGGAGGUCGCCGACAUCAACGACAACGCCCCGCUCUUCCCCUCCGCCCGGAGAAACCUCAGCAUCGCGGAAUCGUCGCUGCCAGGGUCUCGGUUCCCUCUGGAGGGCGCGUCAGAUGCAGAUAUCGGAGCUAAUGCGCAGCUCUCCUAUGCACUCAGUCCCACGGAGCAUUUCAGAAUAGAGGAAGAAAACAGUAACUCGCGCAGUAAAUCCCUGUUUCUGGUGCUCACGAAAGCACUAGACCGCGAGACGCUGCCUGUGCACCGGUUGGUGCUGACGGCGAGUGACGGGGGCCGGCCGUCUCUGACGGGCACGAUGGAGCUGGUGAUCUCGGUGCUGGACGCGAACGACAACGCGCCCCAGUUCAACCAGACUGUGUACAAUGUGCAUUUGCCCGAAGACUCCUUAAAGGGGAAACUGGUUACCCAAGUGACAGCAGUGGAUCUAGACGAGGGACUAAAUCGAGAAAUUACUUAUGAAAUGGAUACGGUUGUUCCUUCUUCUGCUUCAGAUGUAUUCAACGUUGAUGCAAAAAGCGGGGAGAUCAGACUUACGGGUGCCCUGGAUUUUGAGACAGUUGCUUUCUAUGACGUACAAAUUAAAGCGACAGAUAAGGGGACGCCCCCUUUGUCGGGUCACUGCAAGGUGGUGGUGGAGGUGCUGGACGUGAACGACAACGCGCCGGAGGUGUGGGUGACGUCGCUGUCGGUGCCGGUGCCGGAGGACGCGUCGGUGGGAACGGUGGUGGCGCUGCUGAGCGUGUCGGACCGGGACUCGGGGGCGAACGGUCGUGUGCGCUGCGCGGUGUGGCCGGCGGCGCCGUUCGGGCUGGUGUCGACGUUCGCGGGGUCGUACUCGCUGGUGCUGCGGGAGGCGCUGGACCGGGAGCGGGUGUCGGAGUACGAGGUGGAGGUGCGGGCGGAGGACGGCGGGUCGCCGUCGCUGCGCGGCCGUCGCGGGGUGCGGGUGCCGGUGUCGGACGUGAACGACAACGCGCCGGCGUUCGCGCAGGCCGUGUACACGGUGCUGGCGCGGGAGAACAACGCGGCGGGCGCGGAGCUGGCGCGUCUGUGGGCGCGGGACCCGGACGAGGCGGACAACGGGCGCGUGCGGUACUCGGUGUGGGAGGGCGGCGUGGGCGGUGUCGCGUCGGCGGGCGGGGGGUGGCGUCCGGCGUCGAGUUACGUGUCGGUGGACGCGGAGAGCGGGCGUCUGUGGGCGCUGCAGCCGUUGGACUACGAGGAGGUGCAGGUGCUGCAGUUCGAGGUGCGGGCGGUGGACGCGGGGGAGCCGCCGCUGUGCGGCAACGCCACGGUGCAGCUGUUCGUGGUGGACGAGAACGACAACGCGCCGGCGCUGCUGCCGUAUGGAAGCGGCGGGCCGGGGCCCGGGGCGUCGGGCGAGGCGGCGUCGGGGCCGGACUCGGGGGCGCUGUGGGCGUGGGCUGCGUGGGGGGCGCCGGCGGGGCAGGUGGUGGCGAAGAUCCGCGCGGUGGACGCGGACUCGGGCUACAACGCGUGGCUGCGCUACGAGCUGUGGGAGCCGCGGGGGAAGGGCCCGUUCCGCGUGGGGCUGUACAGCGGCGAGGUGAGCACGACGCGGGCGCUGGAGGAGGCGGACGGCCCGCGGCAGAGGCUGGUGAUCGUGGUGCGGGACCACGGGGAGCCGGCGCGCUCGGCCACGGCCACGCUGAGCGUGUCGCUCAUGGAGGGCGCCGAGGCGGCGCUGGCGGCUGCGGGCUCGUCGUUGUCAUCAGGGGCGGUGCUUCGUGCGGGGCUGCGUCCGGCAGAGGGUGGCGCGGCAGCGACAGGAGCGGCGGCGACAACGAACGUGUGGCUGGUGGUGGCCAUCUGUGCGGUGUCGAGCCUGUUCCUGCUGGCGGUGGUGCUGUACGGGGCGUCGCGGUGGGCGCCGCGGGCGGGCGUGCUGUCGGGGCCCGGGCCGGCGACCCUGGUGUGCGCCAGCGAAGUGGGGAGCUGGUCGUACUCGCAGCGCCAGAGCCGGAGCCUGUGCGUGGCGGACGGCGCGGGCAAGAGCGACCUCAUGGUUUUCAGCCCCAACUUCCCGCCGCCGCCCGGCCCCGCGGCGAAGGAGACGCAGCCGGAGCCGCCCGCUCUUCUGGACACGGUCAGUGUCGCCCACUACCUUGCCUUUCGCUCCUUUCCCCCCGUCCCUUCUGUCCUCCGUGUCCCUUCUGUCCUGUUCCCUGAGCAGGCGGUGAUGGGACCCCGGCUGAGUCCCCGGGACCUGCGGGUAGUGGGUGCUUUGCAGGUUCUCAGGGAUGUGAAAGGGAUUUUUGCAUCAGCCUUGGCGUCCUUGGCAGAGCCCCUCGCUUCUUGCUGUGUGGGCAGCUAA